GACUAAAACCGAACCGGUUCCUUAGUGUUAAGAUUUCUAAAAAGAAAAACCCUAACCGUUCUUCUUCGAACUUCUGCAACUUUGUUUCUCCCAAAUCUGUGAAUCUCAAGUGUUCGUCUUCACCAUCAUGCUCUCUCGUUUAUUCCUUAGACAUUCGAAUCUCCGUUUCGUAACCCUAGUUUCAUCGAAAUCAAAUUCUCAGAUCUUCUCUUCGUUUAUUCGUCCGCUUUCGACUAACAGUAGCGGCGGCGGAGGAAAUGGUGACGGGAAUGGUCGUAAUCGGAAUGAUGUUCCGUGGAGUUUCACUGGAGUAAACGAUGAUAAGUCUGGACCUUUCUCUUCCGAUGAUUCUUUUGGUUCUUCUGGAGUUGCAGGAUCUGGUUUACCUGGUGGAGAGGGGAAAUGGCCGGAGGAGCCUAAGAGAUGGAAUAUAAAGGAGGAAGAGGAAAAAGUUGUGUUUGAUACUGGUGGUGAAGUAGGUCAAGGGAUUGAGACUAGUCGCGAGAGGAGGGGUAAUGAAUGGGAGGAGACUAAGAGAUGGGAUAUGAAGGAGGGAGAGGAGAAAGUUGUGUUUGGUGGCGGAGGAGAUGAGGUGGAUGGGUUUGGAAUCAGGGGAGAGGUGAAAUCUAAUGAAUGGGAUGUGUCAAAGCCAUGGAAUUUGAAAGAGGAAGAGGAGGGAGUUGUGUUUGAUACUGGUGGUGAAGUGCCGUUUAGCUUUGAGAAUAGCUUGGAAAUGGCGGAGGAAGAGCGUGUGAAGAAGGAGUUGAUUGAGAAGGAAGAGAAGGAGCUUCUUGAGGUUAUCAAGGGUCCUGAUCGAGCAUUUGGAGACCUUAUUGCUAAGUCAGGUAUAACAGAUGAAAUGCUAGAUAGUUUAAUAGCCUUGAAAGAUUUCCAAGGGGUCGAAGGAUUACCUCCUCUGACUGAGAUUGAAAACCUGCGUCGUGAGAAAAGUUCAAAGAAGUCAUCAAGAGCUGAGAUAGAACUCCAGAUGCAAGAGGACAUUGCCAAAGCACGGGUGAGACAAGUUGACGAAACAGGUAGAGCCUAUGGAACUGGAAGAAGAAAAUGUAGCAUUGCACGUGUUUGGAUUCAACCUGGGGAAGGAAAAUUUCAAGUUAAUGAAAAAGAAUUUGAUGUCUAUUUCCCUAUGCUUGAUCAUCGCGCUGCUCUUCUACGCCCACUUGCUGAAACCAAAACCUUGGGUCGUUGGGAUAUUAAGUGCACUGUUAAAGGCGGUGGUACUACAGGUCAAGUCGGAGCUAUUCAAUUGGGUAUCAGCAGGGCACUGCAAAACUGGGAACCAGAUAUGCGGACAUCACUUCGAGCUGCUGGUUUCUUGACAAGAGACUCUCGAGUUGUGGAAAGAAAGAAACCUGGAAAAGCCAAGGCAAGAAAGAGCUUCCAAUGGGUCAAACGUUGAAUCCGAAAAUGCGUACUAUAUCUUCUCCUUUUUGUCUCUGUCAUUUUCAUUAGUUCGUCUACUUAUCCCGGGUUUAGAAGAAUCACCGGCAAAUAACUUGUUCUUUUGGUUCAAUCCCGUAGUUAUCUUUUUGUACCAACACAUUCUUCUCUUACGGCUCUACUCUUGGAAACUUGAGUUUCGUUGGUUUCUGAGUCGGACACAUAUUUUUGUAUGUUUUUUUCCGGCAAAUUGUCAUGUUUCUUCAAAAGGUUCAUUGAUGUUUAAACAUAAUGAUCAACUCCUUAUAUGGAUUAUAUUAUUAGGUGAAUUUUGAUUCUUUUGAUCAAAAUGUUAAGGAAUGUCC